AGAACAUAAUUUUUUCUCCCCCCUGCUUGUGAUGUUGACAUGUAGUUAUUGUAAGACUGGUUUGUGCCCAAGUCCUUUUUUUUUGUGAAGCUCCGUUUUAAAAAGUUAUUAGGGGGUUCAUGUUUUCUAUGAUUGACAGCUGAUAAAGCCUAUGGGCGUUGAUGGAUUGCUUAGCUCACCGGGGGAUACGCUGUUUGAGCCGAGCGUCAUCACAGCGACUCUCGGGGACUGCGCGGCCGAAUGCGCGCAUCGCUACUGCGCAGCGCUGGUUUCAGGAAAUGAAGAAAAAUCCCAGCAAUAUCGAGAGCUUUUUGGCUUUAAAUCCGUAUACAGGCGGUAGGCGGAACCAACUUGUCCAAAGAUUCAAUCAAUUAACAGGUUUGCAGAAGUUGUAUUUAUUGUUUUAUUUGCAAAUUAACUUUUACCAAGGUUACAUUGUGAUACAAUGAUUUUUUUUCCCCGGUCUCGUGUUGUACAAAAAUCUGCAAAGACUUAAAGGGUAACUCAGGUAAUUCAGUGCACUAAUCCGUGCAGUUCCACUCCUCCUUGCUAGGGGGCGCUGCUAAAAGUCGGAAGCACUGAGCACCUGAGUAAUCGAGGAAACUGAAGAGAUUCCUCUCCAUAGCUAACGAUAGCAAGCUGGCUAAUCUCCUGGAUAUAGCAGCAGUGGUUGUUUUAGUUCACAUAUCAGGUUUUUUUUAAAUCUCCUUUUGCAUUUGUAUAACAGUGAGUUUGUAAUACGCUGUCAUUAACAGACGCAAGGCAGACAGAAACGGACGAGUUUAAAAACGCUGGAUGCUUGACCACUGUCGCUUUUUUCCGUGAUGCUAGCUCAAAAGCUAACCUGCUAAAGCAACAGCUCUGUCCGGAUGCUCUGAUCAGACACUCAGCGGAGUUUGAGGAGCCUUUCGUCGGCCUCGCAUCAUGUCGGGUAACCGGCCGCAGCAAAGCGGUGUCGGAGCGAGUUCAGUACCCAGUACGAGCAGCAGCAGCAGCUCAGGAGGAGCCGGGAACUCAAACGGUGGAAACAACACAGUCUCAAGUAAUGGGAAUGCUGGAAAUCUUGUGCCCUCAAGGACCCCGGCAGCGGCCGGAGAGGGCGGCUUGUCGGUGCCAAGUUUGGCCGUGCCAUCGUCCCGGGGCGGGUUUGCCUCCCUGAGCCGACCAUCUGCAUCCUCAGGCAGCAGGAAGAAAUCCCUCCACCAAGCACCUCUCUACAAUGGCCUCCUAAACUCUUACGAGGACAAAAGCAACGACUUUGUCUGGUUAGUUUUCUCUGCAGGAUGCCUGAAGCUUACAGAAGUGUUUUGAAGUAAUGAAGUGAAAUGUGGUCAUGCUGGUGACACGACUUUCUGUUUACCUUUCAGUCCCAUUUGCUUUGAGAUGAUAGAGGAGGCGCACAUGACUAAGUGUGGGCACAGCUUUUGGUGAGUGUUGAUUUGCAGCUCAUGCACUGUGAAGUUUGGAGCUUUCUUUUACAGUGAUCACUGCUUUUAAUCACCUAGGACAGCAACACAUAUCUAAUAUAGAAAACUUUUUCACACCAGAUCUUCAUAUGUCAAAACUAGGUUGUUUUCAAGUCAGUACUCACUGUAGAGUUGACACUAGCACCUUCAAUUUGAUGCCAGCAAUAGGUUUCAAAACAGCUGGGACAAGGACAGCAAACCCUGAAAAAGUUUUCCAAUGCUUAAACAUUUAAAGGAGCAUCUCCUAACUGUUUACAUUAAUUUGCAGCAAGAUAGUAUCAUUACAGAGUAUAUCUGGGGUACUCCAGAGAUACUGAGUUUCUUAGUAUGAAAGAUGGGCAGAGAUCUAUCACUCUGUGAGAGACUGCUAUGAGCAAAUAGUCCAACAAUGUCUGAAUAAUGUUUCUCAGCAGGAGCCAUAACUUAUUGUCACAUCUGCUCUUUUUUUUUGCCAGUUACUGUAAUACAUCCCCAAUUCUAGAAAGGUCAGACUACAGGGUAAAGUGUGAAAUAGAGAAUUUGAUGUUUUGCAAGUCAUUUGAUGGAUAUUCCGGCAUAAAAUUAAUUUGCAUCAAAACACGCCAUAACACUGAGUUAGAUACCUCCUCAAGAGAAGAAUGUUGCAGACCACUUGCUUCACAAGUUAUACCAACUUUAGUAACCACCGUACGAUAACAAUACACAGCGAUCUCAGGAGCCAUAAACAAACCUCAACCAAAAAAGCCACUUUAUAGCCAAAAAUAAAUGUUCUUCCUUGAGCCACUGCAGUCCAUAAUGGACUCGCCUGAGGUCUCGCUACAAACAUGCGGCUGCUGGAAGAGAGUGAGUGAGUUGUGUUUAUUCUCUUUGCUAAAACAACCAGGCAAAGCUAAAAAGAUGUUUGAUGGCUAUUGCUAUGGCUGGGACCCUAUAUGUACUGUUGAUGAAGUUGGGCACUUCAGCAUCUAAACAUCCUCAUGGGGACUGCCUUGUGAACUGGGAGAUGAUAAUGUUUGUCCAUGUCCUCUAAAGCAAAGGAUGCGGCGUCCAUGAUUUCCAAUCAGAAUGUGAAUUUUUAAUCUACGCGAUCACAGGCUUGUUUUUGCCUCAGUCCACCUUAAAGUCCCUGCAGCUUUUGAAUCGUUUUUGUAUAUAGUUUCAUCUUUGCACAGGAAACACAGCUUUAACCUGCAUCUGUGCAGUGAAGUAUAGUGAUGUAGAUUUGAGCCCAUGCAAUGAUGUCAAGUACAGUCAUGUCUGUUUUUAAUGGGGGGGUGAAGAUCAUAGACACCCAGUGUUUGUUUUGAACCUUGGUCUUUUUCUGGCACAGAGAACCUUUCACUGGUUUAAUGUGCUGGAGAUGAGGAAGUCUCCAAAUUCUUAAAAAUUUUACACUGGGGAAUAUAACUCUGAAAUGAGUGAACUUUUGCUCGUGCAGUCUCUCACAAAAUGUUGAACCUCUUCUCAUCCAUACUUCUGAGAGACUCAGCCCUCUGCAGUGCCCCUGUUAAACCCAGCCAUAUUUCCAACCUGUUGCAAAGGAACCUUGUUAGUUAGAAGAUAAUCUUCCAGGUCUUUUUUCAGCAUUUCACAACUUUUCCAGUGCUUUUGUUGUCCUUGUUCAAACUUUUUUAAACAAGCUGCUGGCCUCACUUUUGAAAUGAGCAUUUUUUAUAUUCAAAAAAAUACUCAAAAUUCUAAUCUUCAACACUGAUAUGUUGGCUUUUCACUAUUUUUAAUUAAAUACAGCAUUUAUUUAAUGUGUACACCAUUAUUUUUACUAAAACCUUUAACUGAGUUUUUGUAUGACAGAUCAGAUUCUAUGACUUGAAAUAACACUGCCUUAAAUCAUUCAAGCCAAAGUGAUAAAACAUUAUCCUAGAUUAUACUAGAAACGUCUGAAGGUUUCAGCCCCGUUUUGCUUCUUUCUGACUCUGACAGUUUCAAGUGCAUACGUCAGAGUCUGGAGGACAGCAACAGAUGUCCCAAGUGCAACUACAUUGUGGACAAUGUGGAUCAGCUCUACCCCAACUUUCUUGGUAUGUAUCUGGGAGUUUGUUUUCAGGUGUUAUUUUACAGUCAUUGUUUAGCUUAUAGUCACACAGCAAAUCUGGAAUUUACUUACGAAUUACAUAAGAUAUAGUGCAUACUGAGUGUUGUAUGAUAUCUUUGAUUUUGAAUUUUUAUGUCAGUAUUUCAAAUCUAUAUUUUAGUGUCAUCUUAUUUUUCCUCUGAGGUCACUCUUUGGUUGUUUUUGUGCCUCAUACUACGGUCAAAAAUGUUCUCAUUUGCCCUUGACCCUCCUUUUCUUCAUGUUCUAGUAAAUGAACUCAUCUUGAAACAGAAACAGAGGUCAGAGGAGAAGAGACUAAAGCUAGAUCAUCCUGUAAGUAAAAGACACUUUUUCUAGUUUGGGUUUUCUAUGGAUCAGUGAAAAAUGCCUGUUAUCUUCAGGCUUGUUGAAAAACAAAAUAAAAAUGUUGUAACUGAUCAGCCUCUGUGACCCACAGAACGGGUCUCGGUGGCAGGUUUUCCAAGACGUGUUGAGUCCUGACCAGGAGAACUUGGACUUGGCAAACGUCAAUCUGAUGCUGGAGCUCUUGGUCCAGAAGAAGAAGCAGCUGGAAGCGGUAAGUGAGAGCCUCAGGGCAAGACGUGCGUUUCUUCUUUUGUUAUCUCAGCCAGUUCUUGUUGCCUAUUUUUUGCAGCCGCAUUUAGAGCUGCUCUGAAUCACACAGUGCUGGUCAAGAGUGUUACUUGGUGAAGGGUAUAAUGAUGAUUCAUGUGAACCAUGGAUGACUCAUAAUCUGUUAUUCUGUUCAAAAGAGGAAGGAAAAUAGUCACUGACAAAAUGCAAUGUUUACGUGGAUUUGAUGGGGAGUGUGUCCACUGAAACAAUUUGAUGAAGAGACUAUAUACUUCAUCAUGGUUAAUAAGGGUAUUUACAUUUCUUAAGUAUCUUAAUAUAAUAGCAAUGUGGCCAUAUCAACCUAUAAAAUACAAAACUAAAGAGUAAAUCAGCACUGGGACACGUGCAGUAAGUUGUAAAUGUCCAAGCAAGAAGCUGUGGAGGCCUUUUUGUGAAAUUUUAGUCAGACCUGUAACAAAAUCCCUUGCAGUACCUUUCUGAGACAUGAGGCUCCAGACAAAUGACUUUCUCUUUGGGGUCCAAUGAAGUUCUUGUAUUGUACGGCAGACCACAAGAAUUGACUGACUCCCAGACAGUGUUGGGUAGUGUUACUCAUAAGUAACUGGUGGCGUUGGGGUCCACAGAUCACAGUCGGUCUGUGACCUGCUGCAUCUUUUCCACCACCUCCACAGUUCACGUGCAGUCCACAGGCUUUUUGAAUGUCAGCAGAAAGUGUUCUUAUUGGGAUGCAUAAAAAUGCUUGGUGAUUUGUUCUGCAAUCAAAUAUGCAGGUAAAGACAUGGCAAAGCGAGGAACAAAAAGUUAGAGGUUUCUGAUUUUAUCUUGCUGUUUUAUUGCUGAUCCAUUGCACCCUCAUAUCACUUCCAUCAGUUAAUGAUUUGUUACAUCUGUGGAUUACUCACAGACCAAAGUAAUGUGGAAUAUCAUUGGGGGGUGAUUGAGUCGCUAAAAUUGAUCACAGAAGCCAAAAUUGUAUCCCUGUCCUCUGCAAAUGCAAAUAAGUCACCCUCAGCUAGCAGCAUCUUGUUCUGUUAUUUCCCACUCCUCUUUAGCUCAGCUAAAAGUUAGUUGUUGCUGUUUCCCAGCUGUAGACCCUCCAGCAUCUCCCCCCUCCUCAGUACACCUUACCACUAGCAUUGCAGAAGCCAUGCUAAGCUUGAAAAUGCUACUUCGUAUUUGAAGUUAAGUUCUGAGCAGUCCUCCAGGCACAGCUACCACAGCACAUUCUUCAAAACACACAUAGCUUAAACAGUAGAAUCAACAUAUUGAUGAACAUGACUUUCUGCAGCAACAAUAUAAUCUGAAUGAUAGGGGUGGGAGAAAAAAUCCAUACAGCAUAGUAUCGCGAUGUUUUGUCUGGUGAUAUAUCGUAUCAUCUCAUUUACCAGGUAUCAAAUUUUUUUUUAAAGAUUAGUCGCUAAUAUGAAGUCAAAUCGAUGAUAAUGGAAAAAUAAAAUUAACUGUUUGUCCAGUAAAUCACAAUUUAUUGUAUCACAAUACUAACUGUAUUGCAAAAUGUUAAAAAUUGUAAUAACAAUGUAUCGUGGCCAAAGAAUCAUGAUAAUAUCGUGUCGUGGGGCCACUGGUGAUUCCCACCCCUACUGGAUAUUUCUGUCCACUACUUGAAUAAUGAUUGAACCUUAAUAAUAAUGAGGGUGCAGGCCAGCCCAGUAACUGCUCUGUUUGCUCUGUAUCAGAUGACUGCAUGUGACAAAUAAAUAUUGAUCGAUCUUGGGAUACUGUUUUCUGUCCGCUCAGUCAUGUUGUUUACAGUUUGUAGAGUCCAGUUUUGUUUAAAGAGCUACCUCAGGUUGUGUUAAAAGAAUCAAGAGUUUGUGAGUCAUGAAUGCUUUGACAUGACUCUUGUGGCAGCGGCUGUGUGUGUUUCCUGGAUUGCACAGACACUAAAAUGUGCUGUGAGGAGGUGCACGUAUUUCUGUCAGAGCGGCCUGGAACAUCCCCUCAAUUUCUUGUUUUUGAUUCUCAGUGCAAACAAGUUACAGGAAAAGAGAAGCAAGAGCCACAACCUAUUGUGUGUCUCUGGUGUCACUUUAGCACCGCUGGCAUGCAUGGAGUUAUGAAAUUCUUACCUGUUUUGAAAUUGAGUCGUCCAAAAAGUGAGGAGAAAAAUCCCUGACUGGCUGCUUUUGAAUUGCAAACAUUGCAAGAUUAGCUGAGAACAGAGUGCAGUUCACGUUGUUAUGAUAGACAAAACCUUCACCUUUCUUUUCUGUCUAACACAUUAUUUUGACCCCGACUCACAUACAUAUCAACUCUCACAGUCUUUCUGUCAAGCUGUCACACACACUAGAGGCAGACAUAGACCUGUAACCUUUAUUGAACACCAUUUUUUCAUCAAUGGGAAAUGAACUCGAAACUACAAACACAAAUGUGGACAAUAUCUUUGUAUUAUUGCAUUGCUCCUUUUUUUUCUUUGGGCAGAUUCAUGACAUGUCUUGAGGGAAGCAUUAGACCCAUAACUAGUCCAGUUAACUUGACCACACAUCUUUUACGGAUGUGAUGUUAGUGCUAUCAGUGUUGUGUGGCCCAAAGCACUUGUAUAAUUUAUUUGAGGUGGGGCUGUAUGAGGUAUUUGUACAUAGGAAGAGCAUUACUCACAUGAGGUCCCUGUCAUCUUGGCUCCUUUUUUUUUGGCAUCAAGUUGAGACCUGGCACAAUAGCUGGGCUAUCAGUUGCUGUAAAUAGGGUCCUUAAUAUCAGUGAGUGUGUAUGGUUAGUUUUAGGAGAGUCUGACGAAACACAAAUGUUGUUGUUAAUGCACUUAGCUGACAGCACUCUUUUUUUAGCACAAAAUUAUUUCACAUUGUGUUUAAAUCAUAGACUGUAUAUACCAUGGACAACUUGGCUCCGCCUUCCGCCAUUGUAUGAUUUUGAAGCCAAAUUGCUUUCAGGAUUUUCUCCACUUCCUGGAACCAUCACUUGCACAGGAGAAUUGUAAGCAUUUAGCAGGAGAGUGGCUGUGAUGACGCUUGGCUCAAACAGUGUAUCCCCUGGGUGAGCUACGCGAUCCACGUAGGCCCAUAGGCUGUAUCAAGUGUCAAUCAUAGAAAAUAUGAACCCUCUAAUAACUUUUAAAAAUGGAGCUGCACAGAAAAAUGAAGACCUGAGCACAAACCAGUCUUACAGUAACUACAUGUCAACAUCACAACCAGGUGAGAAAAAAAUGUAUAUUCUGUGUAAUUAAUUUCUAAAGUUUGUCCAAAGCUCCAAAGGGAUUGCUGGAGGAGGCGGGAUUUAUGACCUAAACUGCAGCCCGUCACCAGAGGGUGUUGUUCUCCUGGUGGCUUCACCCAGCGAGAUGGCAGACGGCGUCCACUCUAUAUAGUCUAUGGUUUAAAUCAGUAAUGGCUCUCUCCAGUGUGGAAACAAAACACUCUGAAAAUGUAUGAAAUUACAUCACUUAGGGCUUUUUCCACCAAUGGAAGUUUCCCACUUGCAUAACUUAAGGUUAACAGAUUAAUCAGGCCAAUCAAUAGCAUUUUGAACUCAUUAGCAUAGGCACUGGUCUGAUGCCUGCUCUCACCUGAUUGAUUGGUUAAUUGAUUGAUUAAUUGACAGAUUUAUUUAUUUAUUAAGCAGACAUUAUAGGCAGCCUCAUCAGUUACGCCUCCAGUCCCUUGACAGAUUAUAUAUGGUUUAUGAGCAGGCUGUGCAAUGGGAGUGAAUAAAGUUAUUCUUGGCCCACUUAGAUUUGGUAUUUGUCUUCUAACCGAGUCUGUCAGCAAACAAGAACAAACAUUCAAAAUUUGCCUUGACACAGUUUGGGAAAGGUCGUCGAUGUUGAGGUUAAGGUCUGUUUUUGAGCCCUGUGCCUUUAUUUUAACUCUCAUGCACCAAACCUUAAAUAUUUGCAGAAACUUCCUUGGACACCAACAUCUUUUUUAAAUGAUGACGCAUUUUUCACAUCCUGAGUGACAACAUAUCAAAUCCACAACUCUCACUGGCUAAUGUUCAAUAUAAAUUCUGUUAUGAUGUGUAGAUUCAUGUCGUUUAAUGCUGCCUCUGAAAGAAAUGUCACUCAUGUUCUGAAGUCGAUUGCGUUGCCCAGUACUUUUUUCUGUUUCAUGAAUUUAUCAACAAUCCAUCUAAACAUGUUACUGGCCGAGAUGACUAAGUGUAUUGUAAAAUUAUACAGUGUUUAUUUGGAAUGGUGGAUUAUUAAAUUACUUGUUCCUCCACUAUGGUUAAGCUGUUGUUUUUAAAAAUAACAUGAUGUUGGCAUUAUAUAUCAGCCAUUGGCCAACCUGCCAACUGUGCUGAGGAUACUGAACACUGGAAAGCCCAAAAUGUGCAAAUAGUUCCCGUAAGUGGCUCAACCAUUGUUGGUGGACACAGGCCCUGAGUGCUGACGUUUUACUGGCUUUAAGAAGUGUCUUUGCCUUUUGCAAACUGUUUUCUGCUCCUCAUUAACAGAUUAAUUAGAGCAACCAUGGUGGUAUGUAUUUUUCUUUGUUUGCUAUUGAUUUACAGGAAGAAACAAGUCCUCUAUUUUGAGGCCUAAUUUCUAUAAGGGUAGUUUUGCACUGACUUGACAAAACCUGUGUCUUUUUUUUUGCUUGACAGGGGGCAUCCUGGCAUUGAUACUGAGAAAACUUCAAACAUCUCUCAUGUUACUCCUAGUCGAUUUGUUGACUUGAGCCAUCCGUUUGUUGAUUUAAUCCAUUAAACCACAGACCAUCAGUGCUUUGAUUACCUCUCUGUGAACAAAAGAAUAGAUUUGGCAGCAUCAGUGUCUGCAUGGUCGGCUGUAAUACUGCUUUUUGAAACGCAAACUUGUGAUGUGGCAUCAGACUUGUUCAGCUUCAGCUUGGAAAACACACAGGCUUGUUAGAAGUUCUUGACCUGAGCAAGAGGAUUAUUCUGUUUACACCAAAGUAUGUAAAUGAAUUUAACAGUCUUGUUUUAAGCCUUGUGGUGCUGUCCCUGUCAGCUCGACCUCCUUAGAAGCUAAUGCAGAGUAUGUUGUUUGAGCAAAGACACGUUCUCUCAUUGCAUAACCAGCAUAUUUGGUACUGCACUAGUUUGAGACGGGAAUGUGUGUGAUCAGCCAAGAAAUUUGAUUUAAUAAUUACACAAUAAUUGUCGUAGGACCUCAGAUUGACUCCACCACUGGUAUCAAUGUCACUGUCUGUUAAAGGAAGAGUCCCUGGUUUUAAAGCUGUAAGACUCUCUGCAAGAGUGAAAUCAGCCUGUUUUGGGGGACGUAAUACAUUUGAGUGAGUUCUUUCAUAAAAAGAAAGAGCACAGUGGGGGAUAUUUCUGGUAAAAUAAGAAGAUUUUGGGACUCACAUUUUAGUAACAGUUUUCAUGAAAACGUGUUUUACUUCCAAAGGAUGCUCAUGUGUGUGGGAAUGCAUUAUGGGCUUUACUGAAAGGUGGCCAUGUCCUGGACAUCAGGCUUUGCCUACAUGCAGUUAGUGAAAGAGUGACCUAAAUUAUUUCCACCAUUCUUCUGCAUAAAGUUUUAUGUAUUUUAAACUCCAACAGAGCCAUUAGAAAAUGUUUUGUCAAAACUGAAACUUUUAGCAUCAUAUUCAGGAGUCAACAGCCACUUAGACAGACAACCUCUAGCCCAUUAGACGGUGUUGUGGACAUUAAGUUAGACCAAUAAAAAAAAGAGAAAUGUAGGGCCCAGAGGAAAAGACACACCAGAGGAGCUAAAGUAGCACACCUUAUUUUUUUGGACCAUUUUGGACCGUAAAAUAAAAGGCAAUACAGAUUAGCAACCAAAUCCUUAAUAUUAGCCCCAAUAAUUUGUCCAGUCGUCAAAUUGUUCUACUCAAAAUGUGGGUAGAAAUAUGUUUCCGUGUUUGCAAAUCAUUUAAACCUCAGCAAAAUAACAUAUCAAAGAGUGAAACUGAUGCACCUGCAACAGUCCCAACUUGUCACCCAUUGAAAACAUUUAGCAAAUUAUAAAACUACAAAGGAGAUGCUGAACCUGCUAUCAGUUAAUAUUUCUUUUCAACUCCAAAAGUGGCCCCAUACCUUUACAGAGAUGUGAAAAGGGAGAUGAUGAAGAUGUCAGAACUUCCCCUGUCCUCACUUUUCCUCGAUGUGGCAGCAAAUUUAAAGCAAGCCUGUGCUUCAUAUUUAAAAAAAAAAUAAUAAUAACGCUUUUCAGUUACAACAUAUAUGUUUUUUUCCUGCACCUUUUUAAUCAAGUAUAGAGUAUAAUUGAGUUGCAAAAUGAUUAACAGUUUUAUUUUAUUUGUGAAUGACUGAAAUUGCUUGCAACAGGACGGGCAUCAUGUGACUUUUUUAAUACAGAUAUUUCAAUCUUUUCACCUUGAAUGCUAAUGUGACACUGAUAUAAUUAUUAGAAAUCUAUAAGCAAAGGGUUUUCAAAAUAAGAUGCACACAUUGUAGCAGGCUUAUGGAUGUUUCAAAGCAUAGAUUUUUCAAAGCUUUGGCCAUUCAACACUUUUCUCACAAGUUCAUUGCAAUUUUUUAAAUGUUCAUUACAGACCAAAAGGAAUGCUCUGGGGUUAUCUUUCAAACAUCACAAAACAUGUAUUUAUCUUUUCAUCAUCUAAUGAACUCAUGGCCAGAUGUUUAACUCUGACCUCCAUACUCACCUGAGAGUCCCUCAGUGUGUCUGGUUGCUGCUGCCAGGAAUGAUCUGACAAAGUGAUGCAUAUUUUUGCAUACAAAUCAAUCAUUUUGACAUCCUGUAGCAAAUUCACUGCAUCAGUGGUGUCCAUGUUAAAGUGAUCAAUUAAUUUCCAACAAGAAGGCUUGGGUUAGCUGCUCAUUUAAUCCUCCUGGUGGAGUUUGAGCCAGCUGGCUGGAGUUGCUGCUUUUAUUUCUAUCACAGGACUUGUUUUUGAUACAUUUCUCUUUGAGCCGAUUCUCAUUUGAGCCAAAAAAUUUGCCUCUAGGCUAGUUAAGUUAUCUGAUUUGUUCUAAUCUGAUUGGAAUUAAAUGUGCUCAUUUAUAUAACUUUAUUAAAUGUGAAUCAAACAUUGUAGAUCUCCAUGCUGAGAUAGCUCAGGUGGUGGUAUCAGCAUCAGGAUAUUUAGCAGCACGUACAUAGGUGUGUUUCCAGAUGUGUUUUGACUGUGAGUGUGUCUGUAGUACAGACCAGUGUUUUCCAGCCUUUUCUUGGCAGAUGUAGUCUGACAGCCAGUUCAGUGAACUCCAGUAAAGGCAGGGGGAUAUGCCUUUAAAUAAAACCUCUGAAAUUUUCACACCAGACUCCAUUUAUGAUGUAAUCUAUUAUUCUUUGAAAACAAACAAGCACAAUUACUAACAAACAAAAAGACAUAUGAAAUCGUGUUUUAGCCCCUGGUCAGUUGGCUUACCAAGGAAAAUGUCCCAGAGCUCCAUCGUUGUUGAUAAAAUGCACUAGUGUGAGGCUGUGGGGUUUGUCUGGACCAAAUGUCUGUUCUAGUGGAACAAAAGUACAUCCUUUGCAGCUCAGUACAUGUGUACAGUUGUACAGAUAAGGCAGAGACACUCCAGCAAAAUACUUGCAGCUGGGUAGCCCAAGGCCAAAAAAACUUCUAGAAAUGAGCUUUUUUGUUUUGGUGUGCUUCGAUGGAGUUCUGCAAUAUUUGUACUGGUAGGCUGUGGAUGGCACAUCGAGUGUUGUUGUCGCUCUCUUGUCAGCUGGUGGUAUAUUCAGACAAUCAUUUGGAACAAAUUUAACAGAAUUGAUACAGAUGCCUACCUGUAGUAGAAAGACCAGCUCUAACUUUUUUAUCUUAGGACUGAGAUUCACCUCCAUCCCGAUCAGCAGCUCCAACACUGUGCAACAUUUCAGCCGUCUACAGCCUCAUUACAGUUUGUAUUUUAACAUGAGAAUACCUUUAAAUGAUUCAGAACAUUCACAGCUGUAUUUUUGAAAAGAAGAAGUAACACAUUUCAACAAUCUGAACUGAAACUCUGAUCCUCUCAUCAGAUUCCUUUACUUUCUCAGUUGAGCCACUGGCUCAACUUACCCCAGAACUACUAUUAUGACUUUAUAAGGCCUCUAAGCUAAAGUGGUGGACUUUUAUUCUAGGUUUUUGACCUCAUGUUGUCGAUCAUAGCUACCACAAUGUAUCAAUACAAUGAUGUAUAAAACAAAUUUAAAAUGAUUCUAAUAAAACUUAUGACAGACCAAAUUCACUUUCAAGAGUGUAAUUUUUUUUUUUUUGGGGGGGGGAAUAAAUGUCUAACCCCAUCACCCAUGUGCCUCUAACCUUCACAGACUCCAUGAAUUGAUGCCCAUCUCCUAAAUAUUUGGUCACAAUUUCUUUUACCAUUUCUAAGCAACAGGGGAUGGCUCAACGUACCCUUUGGUUCAACUUAACCCACUCUCCCCUACACAUCAUAUCAUUAAUGCUAACAUGCAUUUAAUUUGUAUUAACAUCUCAGUUCUAACUGUUGUGGAGUGUAACAGGGUGACAUUUCAAUCUCAGGUAUCAGACUGGAAAGCUGGUGAUUACUUUGUGCAUUUUAGUCUGGGCUCAUUUCACAUUGAAAGUAGCAAGUUAUUGCACUAACUGACUUAGUUUAUAAAGCGCCCCAUCAGACACUGAAAAGGCCCCCAGCUUUAGAUAGCAGGGGCAAGACUUUUGUAAAAUGCCCAGCCCGAACUUAAUUAAUCCUUUACAGAACAAGGUGUGAAUGAUCAUCUGCAAUGAAUAUAAAUAGACGAGGAAGGAUUUGAGGAAGAGAGAAAGCUCAAUAGAGACAGACAUAAAUAAACAAACAGGUUAAUAGAAAACACAGACUUUUGGCUACAAUGCAAAUAGCAACCACAAAGAUAAACACGUGAAAAUCUACAAGAUAAGGCAGUUCAAAUACUCCCAAGAGUAUACAAAGUCAUUGAUAUGCUGUAAUGGAGAUAUAGGUAUGUCUUGGUAUCCCCUUUUUUUUACGUUUGUGAAAAGAUUCAUUAGCCUUAAAAAAAAAAAAAGUUGAUUAAAUUUGCAGGAAUUGUACUGUAGAUUAUCCUCUCGGUUUUUUUGUCUUUUUAGCCAAGACCUCAAAAAUGAAUGGCCAAAUAAGAGCAUCAGUCCAAAAUAAGAUUUUGACUUCCUGCUCUUGGUUCAUUUUGUUAUGCCAGACAUUCAAAGUAUGAGAGGCUUCCAGCCACAGUUGUCAGAAAUCAUCUCCCAACACCCAUAAACCCACGGGUUUGGGGAUGUUUCCUGUAUUUGAACUGAAUAACAUGCCUGCUUUGAAUAAUUUGUGCCACAUUUGGAUAAUUUUUCUCUUUUAAGUAAUUUAGUUUGAAUGUGAGUACAAACACCAGUACAAGUCCCUUCCAGUUUGAGUAAUGUCACUUAAGGGGCCAGCUCAGCUCAGUGGUCGAAGAGGAGCCUGUAUACACAGGCUGCAGUCCUCAACUCAGCAGCUGCUAGUUCUGCAGCCCUGGUGCUUUGCUGCAUACCAUCCCCACGCUCUUCUACCUAAGACUUUCUGCCCCUUAUUAGCUGUCCUGUCAAAUAAAGGAAAAUACCCAAACAGAUAAUGUCGUUCAAAGUCUCCACAGUAAUUCAGCUGUGAAGAGAAGUUUCUUGAUUGAAGCUUAACUGAGUUAAUUAAAAUGUACUGUGAGUACUGCACUACUACUACUGCGAUGUUGUGUGCGCAACAGGCAUAAAGUCUGCUAAACUUUGACAGUUUGCAACUUAAACAGCAAAAUAAUCCUCACCAGUGUGAAGUAGUUCCAAUAAACAUUGAUAAUGUUGAGAUUUCUUGAAGAGAAACAAAGGUAAUCUUGAGUUUCAGUUGCAGAUGUGUGAGUUUCUGUGUUUUCUGUUACUCCUCCAGGAAUCUCAAGCAGCUCAGAGACAGAUCCUCAUGGAGUUCCUGAAAGAAGCCAGAAGAAACAAGAGAGAGGUACUUUAGAUUUUUUUGAUUCGCUAUAUUAUUUUACUGCGGUACGAGGGCUGGUCUCUUUAAAAAGCAAUCUGAUUUUAUGGAACAAGCGGAUAUUUAUAAAACGGCUGAACUAGGCUUUAUACAAAUGUUGUUGUUUUUUUAACCGAAAGAAUUAAUAGAUGUUUUAAGAGGAGAAAUAGAGCAUCAUGUAUUGUUUUAAAUAUGGACAUGCAGGCACAUUUAUCUGCGUCUUGUUUCAACAGCAACUGGAGCAACUCCAGAAAGAGCUCAGCUUCCUUGAAGAUGACAUCAAGCGUGUUGAGGUAAAGAAAACAAACAGACCACCUGAGAUGUGUUACCAAACCCUUAUUCACAUAUGCUUGUCAAUGUGAAUGCACAGAGGGAUCACUAAUGAUUUUGAAAACGUACUAUUAUGAAAUGGCUGCAGUGAGGUGGCUGCACAGCUGGAGAAAAACAAACAUGUUAUUUUUGUGUCAUUUUCCAGGAAAUGAGCGGGCUGUAUUCUCCAAUGAUGGAGGCAGAGUGUACAGUCCCUAAUGUUGAGGCUCCCUCACCAGCGCCCAGGUACAGCUCCCCUUUGUAUGAUAACCACUUACAUCUAUUUAUAGCAAAUUAGCUCUUCAUCACUCUCAACAUGUUAAUGACUUUUGUAACUGAGCAGUAUGGCUGAUAUGUCUUUAUUUUGUUGUCUUGAGCAGCUGUAGUAGUAUUAUUGAACCAUCAGACUACAGCCAGCCUCCAGGAUUUGGUGGAACAACCCAAGUAAGUCAGGCAACCACACUUGUUGAUUGAUUAAUUGAUCCCUACAUUCAAAACCCGUUUCUAGUUGUCUUUGAAAGUCAGAUCUGGCCAAGUUUACAUUAGACAUUGUCAUUCAGUAUGGGUGAUUUGGGUCACAAGUCGGACUGCACAAUUAAUCAAUUUUUAAAUCGUGAUUGGAUUAUUGGAUUAUGAUGAUGUUUAAAAUAAUUAAAAUCAUCAAAUCGAUUUUCCUCUCUAUCAUGACUCGUGCCUCAAGGCCACCGUGGGCCCCCACUUCCUGCGGGAGCGCUCCCCAGUUCCCGCACACACCAGUAUGAACAAACAUGGCGUUUGCAAAAGAAGGCGAUAAUUUUGUGGCUAAAUAGGGCAAGAGAAAGUCAGUCGUGUGAAAAUGGUACGACUUCGCAGUCUCAGAUGAAGAGCAAACCACUUCCUGCUGCAAAAUCUGUCUGAAGGCGUUAUCAACCUGUCCGCACAGAAACCAAUUUAGGAGUAAACGCAAAAGUUUUUUGUCCUAUCAGCGUUUCAUCCACAUGGAAACAGCGUUUUGGGUGACUGUAAAUGGUACCUUUUCUAAAUGGGUCAGGGAAUGCAUAAAUCCGUAAACGACUACCAUUUCAUCUCCGCAUGGAUGUCUAUCUUCAUCUCUAUUGAAACGAUUAUGUCACACUCAGCGUAACUCUUUUACGGUGCCUGCGCGUGUCCUGCCAAAACAACCUUAUACACAUGCUCUGUACUCUUCUUCUGUCUUUUGUGCAUUUCCUCGGCAGCGUAACACCGCCACUUACUGACUUGGCAUUUGCACUGCAUCCUUUUGAGAUAUGAUAGAAAAACUUAUUAUUAAAUGAAUUAAAAUUAAAUAUUAAAUUAAACUUAUUAUUAAGUGAAGUUUGGUGAAGUUGUGACUCAAUAAAAAAUUUGAAAUCAAAAUCAAAAAUCCAGUUUGCAGAGAAAAAAAAUGAGAUUUUAUUUUUGGCCAAAAUUGUGCAGCUCUUGUCACAAGUGACCAAUUUUAUGUCGAAGCAAUCGCACUUUGCAUCAAUCAUUGGUCUCUAGUGACUGCUUGUGAUUGGAUCUUACUUUGGGCUUUACAUAUUUAAAGCAUUUCUGGCAUCACAGGGUGAGCAAACUGACACCUGCAGAGAAGAGAAGGUGAUCACGGACUCAAGUACUGAUAUGGUCCAAAUCUUGAUUAAUGUAGUGUUCCUGGUUUUGCAGCUGUCAUUCACAGCAUGCAGAGACAUUAAUCACGCAUUUUUAUCAGUGGAGCUGCAGAUGGAGAGAGGAGAGCAGGGAGAGGAGCGAGAAGAGGCUGCUGUGUGCAUUUGUGUUUGUGUGUUUGAAAAGCCAAGGGGCAGCGUAAGCAUGACAGCAGAAAGACUAUAGCUCUGUGAAGGAGCGUUAAUGAGCUAACAUUUGCUAGGCUAAACAACAGUGACAUCGGUCCAAAUCAUGACAAAAAAUUGUCAUACUUGAUGAUGUAAUGAAGAUACAAGCUUGAAAAGACUGAACAACGUGUUGGACCUGCAGCCUGUGAUAAAAUGUAAGCGGUGGAAAAUGUCCUCUACACGUGACAGUCUGCCAAAUAGUUUAGUGAAUGUUUUUAAACUGAAGUCAAAGCUCUUGGUGAUGUGAUAAAUUGAAGCAUGGUCCCUUUUCAUACUGAUCUAUAGCCCAUCCUUUUUUUAAAUUAAUUUUCUUUUCGUUUUUUUUUUUUGGUUUUGAAAGAGCUCCGAAAGUUUAAGUUUUAGAGAAUUUUAAAUUCCCAUAAAUGUAUGUACACGGUGAGAGGCAGACGGAUCAAAGUCAUACAUACUUUUCUCCUUUCAUUGAUGCAGAAUACAACAAAUUACUCACUGAUCCCAUUUGUUAGGUUCAUCUUCAACUCUACGUUGAAGGAUUUGUCCACUAAUAAAAAAAAAACUGAAUGCAGUCUCCCUUUCCGAAUGAGCAAGGAUGUUGUAUUUUUAGUACACCCGACUCUGUAUAGAAUAUGCUUACACAAUUGUGGAAUGACAUGAAAAGUAAUUAUUUUUUCUGAGACACAGCAGAGAAAUAUAAAAUGAGUCAUGUGAGAGUGGAGAAACCAAGAAUGUAGGGACACAUUUCCUGAUUUUGACUUAAACUGAUGUUCCUUAGUGAGCUUUAUACAGAAAUACAUGUUUGGUUGUGCCUUGUAUGGAGUCAGGGGUGUAGUGGAAUAGAGAUCUGCACUAUAAUUUCUCCUCUUCUCCCUUAUAAACCAUUGUAGGCCUAUCUUCACUGCACCAUUACAAACUCUGCACGUUUAAUCCCUGCGCGAUCUGUGUGGAUCGUCUAGUCUUUUUAUGCAGCCGUUCUCACUGAAUAAAUAAAUCUAUGACUUAUCCUGUAAUUGUGUGCACAUCAGUCUUUAGUGUAUAAGCUUUAUCUCCACAUGUUGUGAAUACAUGAGAGAGAACAUAUUGGAGAAGCUAGUGGUCUGUUACUCCAUGUGAUUGUUGCCAUUAAUACCAGGAAAGUUGGCAGUCCUUAACAUGGCCUAGCACACUGGAGGAUGCCCAUUACUAAACAAAUGCCUCCUGGACCACCUUCACUAGUAGAUUUAGGGAUCAGAUCCCAACAUUUAUUCAGAGUAUUCACACCUUUUGUGGUCUCAUCACACAGCUGCUUUGUGAAAACAGCGUUGUUCCCUUGUUUUGGGAUUUAUUGGAUUUGUAGCCUGUCGAACUGUUUAGGUGAUUUUUAUUUAGCGGUACAUGUGAGUCAUUGGUUUUCCCUUCAAAGGAAAACAAGAGGAAGUUCUUUGGCUAUUUCAGAAAAAAACACACACACACACACACACACAAAAAACCCCAUCUCUGGACAGAAGUUACCACAAAUUUUGACAGAUACUGAGGUUCCCAUGAUGGCUGUUAAAGCAAAGGCCUGUCAAGUUAAUGUUUAAUUUCAAUGUUCGAAGCAGAAAGCCCCGGCACAUUCUUGGUAAAUCUUUGAAAGAGUUAUAACAAAAUAAAUGUCAGUUUGAGUUUAGCUCUGACAUGGCUUUACUUUUAAAUACUCUCAACUGUUUUUCCAGGGCAAAAGACAGACGUGGUACAACAGCACACUGGCGUCGAGGAGGAAGAGACUGACGGCUCAUUUUGAAGAUCUUGAGCAGUGCUACUUCUCCAAUAAGAUGUCACGUAUCACAGGUACAAACCUUGCAGUCUCAUUAUUGUUGUUGUCCUGUAGUUUUUUGAGUCUGCACAUGAAUAGAUCAACCAGAGAGCCAAUGAAGGGGGGCUACCAGGUUUCAAUUCUCAGAAAUGAAUACUCAAUGACUGCUCUGCCUACACUUUUGUGAGUAUACAUUUUUGAAACUAAUGACCACAGACACCAGAAGUUCGACUACUUGCUGUCUCAGAGUGGCUGGUUUUGAUGAAGUCGUAGCUGGUAACAUCGAAGGAAUAUCCCCAAUUCCUUGUUAGGGGAGCCCCUAGGCUCUCCGAAGAACCUGACAUGUUAGUGUUCAGGACAAAAUGUUCCUUAUGUUCAGAUAUCAGGCUGAUCUGUUUGAAUUGCAGAGUGUUGCAAGAAAUUUUCUUUUGCAAUCUGUCUAGCUUUACCAUUUUUCUUCUAUUUUACUAAACACAAAGUAAACCGUUUGUAUAUCUGUAAUUUGUGUGCCUGUUGUGCUCAGAUGAAGGCAGGAACCUGAAUCAGCUUGAUGAUUUCAUGGAGUGUCUUUCAAAGUUCACCCGUUACAACUCUGUGCGACCGCUCGCCACCCUCUCCUACGCCAGUGACCUCUAUAACGGCUCCAGUAUUGUUUCCAGGUACACAAAGUCUUGUCUAAACUUGUGUGGGCUCUUCAGGAUGAUAUGCCAUAACAUUUGAUUUAAAGUAGCAGCACAGAAACACCUUCUGUCAGUAAGUUCCAAACCUCUUUUCUGUUCCAUGUUUCAGUAUUGAGUUUGACCGUGACUGUGACUAUUUUGCCAUUGCUGGUGUGACCAAGAAGAUCAAAGUGUUUGAGUAUGGGACAGUUAUCCAGGAUGCAGUGGACAUCCACUACCCUGUUAAUGAGAUGACCUGCAAUUCCAAAAUCAGGUGAGAGUCAUUUUGUCAUCCAGAAGGAGCAGGAGUGUGCAGAUAUACACCACAGAAACUGCUUAAAUAACGAUAAACCAUUAUAUACACUGGUUCUUGUUUAGUCUGAGUGUAAGCUGUGAUGUUCACCAUUUCUGGAUAGUAUGAAUUGUUGCAAAACACCCUUUUAGUGGCAUGGCCGAAACAAAGAAAGAGCCAUUGAAUACAACACUUAGCUCUCAAUCAGCUGAUGUGAAAGGGCUCCAAAGUUUUAUGGACUUCAGCUUAAUGAUAAAUUGUGAAUUUUGAUGUUUUUUUUAUCUCUGUUUUUUUUUUCCCUCAUUCCUUUCAUUAAGCUUUUCUUGUGUUCUGAUUUAACUCCUAAAUGUUGAAGAAAGUCAGUGAUAAACUGUGGCACUCAGUACAGUAGUGGAGUCAAUAUUUCUUGUUGGAAAUGCAGACUCUGGUCCACCUAGACACAAGCAUAGAGCAUACCUGCCAACACUCCUGUUUUUCCUGGGACACCCCCGUAGUUUGCAUGGUCCACGUUCAUUCAUGAAUCAGAUCACUAUAUUUGUCCAAAGUUGCCAGCUUUCCUGACAACCGAUGAUUGUCCUGUGUUUCUGCUGAGCCUCACAGACAAUGGGGUUGAUACUUUUACUUUACAAUUUGGGAUGAUUCAGGUCGGUUUAAGCUGUAAACUAUACAGUGCAUCCGGAAAGUAUUCAUACCACUUCACUUUUUCCACAUUUUGUUAUGUUGCAGCCUUAUUCCAAAAUGGAUUAAAUCCCCUUUUUCUCUCACAAAUUCUACACAAAAUAAACCAUAAUGACAAAGCAAAAAACUUUUUUUAGAACAUUUUGCAGAUUUAUUACAAAUAAGAACACUCAAAUGUUGCAUAUACAUAAGUAUUCACACCCUUUACUCAAUACUUGGUCGAAGCACCUUUGGCAGCAAUUACAGCCUCCAACAACAAGCUUGGCACACCUGGAUUUGGGGAGUUUUUCCCCAUUCUUCCUUGCACAUCCUCUCAAGCUCAGUGAGGUUGGAUGGGCAGCGUCGGUGCACAGCUACUUUCAGGUCUUUCCAAAGAUGUUCAAUCGGGUUCAAGUCUGGGCUCUGGCUGGGCCACUCAAGGACAUUCAGAGACUUGUCCUGAAGCCACUCCUUUGUCUUCUUUGCCGAUGGAGACCACUGUGUUUUUUGGGAUCUUCAAUGCAGCAGAUAUUUUUCUGUAACCUUCCCCAGAUCUGUGCUCUGAUACAACCCUGUUUCGGAGGUCUACAGACAAUUCUUUCGACUUCAUGGCUUGGUUUGUGCUCUGACUUACUCUGUCAGCUGUGAGAUCUUAUAUAGACAGGUGUGGCUUUCCAAAUCAUGUCCAAUCAGCUGAAUUUGCCACAGGUGGACUGCAAUCAAGUUGGAGGAACAUUUCAAGGCUGAUCAGUGGAAACAGGAUGCACCUGAGCUCAAUUUUGAGUUUUAUAGCAAAGGGUGUGAAUACUUAUGUAUAUACAACAUUUGAGUGUCUUAUUUUUAAUACAUUUGCAAAAUGUUCAAAAAAUUUUUUCGCUUUGUCAUUAUGGGGUAUUUUGUGUAGAAUUUUUGAGAGAAAAAAGGAAUUUAAUCCAUUUUGGAAUAAGGCUGUAACAUAACAAAAUGUGGAAAAAGUGAAGUGGUAUGAAUACUUUCUGGAUGCACUGUAUUUAAACAGUGUGUGUUGCAGUACGAACACUUCAAUGAAAGGGAAACAAACGUGCGUGCACCGCAAAAAUCUUUUGAUUUUAUAACCCAAAUGUUGGCAGUUUAUGGCAUAGAGGCAGAGCUGAGAUGGGACUUCGUGAUCAUUUGCAGUGUUACUGAUAGAUAAAAUCUCUUUUCAGAGCAGACAUAAUACAGUAAAAAGAUAAUACACUACAUCUGUUAUAUGUAAAAAUGAACCAAAAAGUCUCUGUCCCUUGUGAUUUUGAAAUCGUGGAAGAAAAGUAAUUGGUUUUUUGACUGAAACUGUUGCUAGCCUUGAAAGCAUUAAUAAAAGUUGAACAAUGUUAAUAAAUCACAGUGAAAAAAACAAAAAAACGUUUGUCUGCUAAAAAAAAAUCCACUGUACGUUGGCUCUGUACUUUUAAACAAAGAAAUAGUCUGUAGGCUGUAGGACCUCUAUCAGAAUCAGAAAAUUCAACAUCAAAAGUGUUUUUAUCAGGUGCAAUUACAUGGGUGGUGAUCAGUAGAUUUUGCAUCAGCUUUUGUGUCCUUUAGCAGCAACUUUCUUGUGGUAGUCUUUAUUCAGUGGAUACAAAACUUGUUUUUUGGUCCCACUGCCAUAGGUCAGCUACUUUUGCGUUGCCUCCAUGUCUCUCAAUAAGCACAUCCUCUCCUUAUCCUCUCAAUAAGUCCAUGAAGUGGCUGCAACCACAGAUGUCACUUUGUUCUCAUUCAGAGCAGGUUGCACUCAACAUUACACGCUGACCCCUUUUGAGAGUGACAACAGAAACUCAGAGUGUUGCGGUCUCUAGUGAACCUGGUUGAUCGGUACAUCCUUAAUCAGGGCUACAGUUCCAGGCUUUAUUUUUGCCAGACAAUGAAAAUGUUGUUGACUACAACUCUCCAUAUUCACUAACAGAGGGGUCAGUGAUUUUGCAGCAUUCUUAAAACCAACUUUGUUUGUUGCAGCUGUAUCAGCUGGAGCAGCUAUCACAAGAACCUUCUGGCCAGCAGUGACUACGAAGGUACUGUCAUCCUUUGGGAUGGAUUCACCGGCCAGAGGUCCAAAGUCUACCAGGUAGGGUACCUAGGUACUGGAUUAUAGUAGUUGGUAACAGCAGAUUAUAAGAUUGAAGUUCAGUUUCAAUGAUUUAUCUCUCCUUGUAAUGACACAUUAGCUUUCUGCUGCUUUUUCAGGAACAUGAAAAACGGUGUUGGAGUGUGGACUUUAAUCUGAUGGACCCCAAGCUGUUAGCCUCGGGUUCUGAUGAUGCCAAAGGUAACUUUAUGAUUAAAAAAAAAAAAAAAUUACCUCCCUUGCAUGUCAUACAUUGUUGAAUUCAUGAUGAACUCUACCUUUGUCUGAUUUUUGCUUUUCAGUGAAGUUGUGGUCAACCAAUCUUGACAACUCAGUGGCCAGCAUCGAGGCGAAAGCGAAUGUCUGCUGUGUUAAAUUCAGUCCAACCUCCAGGUAUCACCUGGCGUUUGGCUGUGCAGGUGAGUUCAGGAGGUUUAAGGUGUUCCUUAUCCUCUAAAAACGGGGAUAGCAUUACAGGUGCAAGUGUGUAACUGCUGUCACUUUCUGACUGAUUGAUUGAAUAAAAACAUCUUCAGAGGUGAAUAACAUUUAUCUCUCUUUAUAAAAUAUGAUCACACUUCACACCACUGCAGCUUUUCUCCGUAUUUUUUCUUUCUUCUGUGGUCAUACAGACUCUGGUGAUCCAGACAGACUUUUGAAAAUUCAUUUUUUACUCUCCCUAAAGAGAAAUAACUUAAAUAAGAGCUAUCCUGUCAUACACAGAAACAAUCCUUCAACCAGGAACUACCAGAGUAACACAGAAACUCUUGGUUGUCCAGCAGGGAAUUGCUCUGGCUUUUUUACCCCAUUCCCCAAGUCUCCAAGGUCCAAGUCCACUAAGCCUGGAAAAGAAACCUCCUUUGACCUUGGUACUGUUGGUUUGAAGUGAAGCUAGGACAUUAGAAUUAAAGCCAGCAGGCAGAGCAUAACAAUCAUUCACCCCAGGACGGAUGGAGAACACAUUGCUUGUAAGCAACAUGAAUUUUAGAAAAUGUCAACAAAUCUCUUGCACCAUCACUCAACGUGGCAGUGUGCCUCACUGCAGCCUCCCCCCCACCCCUCCAUCCAGUUUUUCAUCUCUCAUCUGAUGGCAGACCAUAUCUUUUCUGUUUGUUUGUGUUUGCAGACCACUGUGUUCACUACUAUGAUCUACGCAACACCAAGCAGCCAAUCAUGGUGUUCAAAGGCCACAGGAAGGCGGUGUCCUACGCCAAGUUUGUCAACGGAGAGGAAAUCGUCUCUGCGUAAGUCACUUCAGCAUUAUUCCCAGCAGGAUUGGGACAUCGACUGAGAGCAGCAAAACAGUCAAAUACAAGAGUAAUGUUUGUAAAUACCUUUUUUGACAAGUCAAGGUCACUCUCUGUGGAUAACAACUAAUACCAAAUGAAGUCUGAGCAAAAAUAUAAAAAUAUGAAGACAAAUAUAGAUAUUAAAAAAGUCAGCAAGUCAGACAAUCCCUCCCUCCCUCCUCUUUCUUUUUUUUUUUGUUUUUUUCUGAUCCAUUUUUCAUUCAUUAAUAUAUUUGAAACACACACACAUAAAAACCCAGAUUUAAUCCUGCAUUGCUCUUGUCCCGGUCUGGGUUUGCAACCUUCAACCUCCAGCUCAACAGACAGUCAGCUGAAGCUGUGGAACGUCAACAAGCCUCACUGCCUGCGCUCCUUCAAGGGUCACAUCAAUGAGAAAAACUUUGUCGGCCUCGCCUCUAAUGGAGACUAUGUCGCCUGUGGUAAGUUUUGCCUCCAAAAGUUGUUCAUUUAUACAACUUAUUUGUACUGUAAAGUCUUUCUCUCUUGACCUUUCCACAUAUAUCUCACAAGUCUAAGAUCAAAUCAGUCUUCUUUUUCAGCUGUCUUAUCAGCACCUCUUUGUAACUGCAACAUAAAACUGAAGAUUGUUGUGGUAAAAAGGUGAUAACAAAAAGUCUGUGUUUUUGUUUUCGUAUUUUUAUGUGUGUGCUGAACAGGCAGUGAAAACAACUCCCUGUACCUGUACUACAAAGGACUUUCCAAGACACUGUUGACAUUCAAGUUCGACACAGUGAAGAGCGUCCUGGACAAGGACAAGAAGGAAGAUGACACCAAUGAGUUUGUCAGUGCUGUCUGCUGGAGAGCCCUGCCUGAUGGAGUGAGUUCACCUCUUUAUUACUCAGCUAUUUCCUCUAGAUAUGCUGGUACAGAAGGGGCAUAACUUUUGCCUUUGAACUGUAAACAAUCACAAAAUCCUGAGAGUCACCUUCACAAUGUCUCUGAAAAAUAUCGCUCAGAUGUUCAGAGGUGUGUUUCAGCAGCUGUGAGCUCUUCAGUUACUACUGUGUCAUUAAAAUUACCAUCUAAUGGUGAUAAGGUUAUUAAUUAUCUGUUGCUUUGUUGUCUCUUCGCAGACAACAGAGCUGCUGUUGUCAGCAGAGGCAACUGGAACACAUUGCGCCAGUAAAUUGUUUUUGUAGAGUUAAAAGAAAUAAAGAUGAGACUCCAGCUGCAGAUGAAAGUAAUCAGCUUUUUGCACAUAAUCAGACAACUCUUGCUGUUGUAUUGUUUAAAGCUACAGACAGGCUGUAUUCAUCUCUAUGAACUCAGAUGAAUGACCUUCCCCUUGUUGUGAAAUGGUGCAAGCUGCACAAACAAAGAGGUUACAUCUUUAACUAAAGACAUAAAGAGGACAGUAGAGUAUGUAAACAUCUGAAAGUAAUGUUUUCAUGUAGGAAAGACAUUGUCCAACAAUUCACAGAAAUUGUGGAAACACAAUAUUUCAGUUGAAAAGUUCCUGGGAGAGAAUCCCACUCCCCACCUUUUAUAUUCCACUGUGGUGGGGGACUGUAGAUCAUUUAACUUGAUGAAACCAGCUGGUGUUUCCCCAAUGUGAAACUGAAAAGAAACUUCAUUUGAGUAGUCCUGAUUUUAUCCUGAGCUGCACACUGUAUUGUCCCUGCUUACUCAUCAUGUUCUAAUAACCUUGUUCUGCAAAACUUGACUCAACAUUUUAUUUGAAUUUUGUUCAACUGAUCACCAACUUAUCACCAAAUAAUCCACAUUGCACUGGUUUAAUUCAUGUUGAAUUGUUUUUCAGGAGUCAAAUGUACUGAUUGCUGCAAACAGUCAAGGAACGAUCAAGGUUAGUGUACCAGCAUUCAAUCCAAAACAUGCCUCUAGAUCUUAAAGGGAGCUGCUGUUGUUGCUGCACAACUACAUUGGUGUGAAUAUUUUUUAUUCCCAUUUGACACAUGCUAACAAAUUAAUCGACUUCAGUGGGACUUCCCAGUUCAGUAAAAGUUUAAUUAAAUGCAGUGAAUAACUGCAGCAAUCUUUUAUAGCUGUCAAUAAACUCUUCAGCCAAGUUAGAGGAGAGUUAGAGAGUUAGAGGAGAAAUGAAGUACAGAGUAAACAGGGGCCCAUAAAGGUACAAGAAUGGAUGGCCUUCAAUGCAGGUAGAGGUCUAUAGUUUUGUGCAACAUAUCUGGAAAACCUUUCAAGCUUAAACCUAAAGUAAGGUUUUUAAAAACGGUUUAAUGGCACACUAGUGAUUCAAAGGUAGUGCCUUUAUCUUUUUGACUGUAACAGCAAGCUCAAGGUUACAUUGGUCUAAUUUUUUCUCUUCCUACAGGUGCUUGAGCUGGUCUGAAGGUCUGGCAUGCAUUCUGUGUGUAAAAGCACCAUCAGCCUCUCUGUUUGGUAGAGGAUCAGUGGGAUGCAGGGAGAGCGCACACACUCCCUGCUGAACUGGGAUACCUGACAACAGCAGAAGAGCUGAAGUGAACUGUCUUAUUUUAAUGAGCUACUAUUUUUUCCAGAAGGCUGUACAGACGUAGGAGCAGCACAUCUGCAGAGCAGGAGAAGAUGUGCUGUGAUCAUGCAGCCAAAUCCCAGGGGAGCUUGGGCACAAAUGGAACAAGAGACUUUUUCAACAGAGCAUUUUGUUUCUUUUCGUUUAAGUAAUAUUUGCUUCAAUAAAGCUUGUCUUUAUGAUUUUAGGUCAAAUCAAAGUGUGUACCUUUUUUAAUUUAAACUCUCAAGGGUACAUCCAGCCAAACACUACUAGUGUGAUGCAUUUUCCCUUUUAAAGGCCAAAGCACAAAACAGAGACAUGCAGAGCUGAUACCCUCACUUAAAGCUUUUAACCCUUCCCUCUAUGUUUUUCACUUAUCCUUUUCCCUCUUUGUGUGUAGUUAUUGUGUUUUUCAGAUUGGAAGACACCAGUUUUAUUAACUAUGACUUGAAUUUCAUUCUGAUCGCCAGUUCAUUUUCUGGUUUAUGAGUGUAGGAUGUGACAAAGUGCGUGGGAUUCAGAGAAGAGCGUUGUAUCUGGAAAUGUUGAGGAACUCCUGAUGUUUCUUUUACUUUCUGAACAAAAUGAUAUCUGACAUGUUUGUCUGUAAUCACAGCCAUUCUCGUCUAAUUUAAGGAAUUGAUCCCCAAUGCUGCACCAAACUGGAUUAUUUUCCACAUCUGUGAGCCAUGUGUUGCUUGUUGAAAAAUAAGAACCUCAAUGAAUCUGAUUUAGUUCUUUUGAAGUAGCAGUUACUCUUCACGUACUGUAGGUGAAACAUCUGAUCUGAGCUGAAUUUUGUGGUAUCUUAAAGCAAACCUGCCAUCAGUUUCUGUGGAGCAGUAAUCCAUGUCUACAAUGACAUCCAGAGAAUUUGGUGAGCAUCAUGAGACAGACCUAUUUUAUGAUAAUGGAGUGAGAGAGAGAGAGAGAGGUUUUGUAUUUGUAAAACUCAAUAAAUUAUUUCCAAACAA